CUGUCCUCUAAGGACGAAAAAAAAAUCAAGUGCCCUGGCAGCAACACUGAUUUUGAGGUUAUCUCACGUUCAACAAGGAUUUGCCGAAAGACCUGUUUUGAUUUAUAAUUAACAGGAAAUUAAUAAAAUAAGACACUUAUAAUGGACGAGGAUUUGCCAAUUUCUGUACAAGCUAAACUAAAAUCAGAUACAGGAGAAGAAAUUGGUAGCACUUUAGACUUACCUUUAAAUAUUAACAAAGACCAAUUACAACUUAUUUGUAAUGCUCUAUUACAAGAGGAAGAUAAACCAUUUUUUUUUGUGAAAGAUGUUGAAAUAACCAAUACAUUGAAAGACGCUCUUGAUGUAAAGAUUUUAAACUCUGAAGAAGUUUUAGAGAUCAUUUAUCAGCAGCAGGCUGUAUUCAGAGUGAGGCCAGUUACUAGAUGCACCAGUUCAAUACCAGGUCAUGCAGAAGCUGUAAUAUCAACAAGCUUCAGUCCCUCAGGCAAGAAGUUAGCAAGUGGUUCUGGUGAUACCACGGUCAGAUUUUGGGACUUGCACACACAGUCACCGCACCAUGUAUGUAAAGGUCAUACAAACUGGGUAUUAUGCAUAAAUUGGGCACCAGAUGGUCAAAAAUUAGCUUCAGCAUGCAAGCAAGGCAGAAUCAUGUUAUGGGAUCCAAACACUGGCAAUCAGAUUGGCAAAACAAUGAUUGGACAUAAGCAAUGGAUCACAGCUAUGGCUUGGGAACCUUAUCAUAUCAACCCAGAAUGCAGGAAAUUAGCAAGUUCAUCAAAAGAUGGUGAUGUAAGGAUAUGGGACACGGUGACAGGACUUACAAUAUUAAGUCUGACAGGACAUUCAAAGGCAGUAACUUCUGUGAAGUGGGGUGGUAGUGGACUGAUUUAUACAUCUUCCCAAGAUAGGAUCAUCAAGGUAUGGAGAGCUGAAGAUGGAAUACUAUGCAGGAACCUUGAAGGGCAUGCUCAUUGGGUCAACACUCUAGCCUUGAGUACAGAUUAUGUUCUACGCACAGGACCAUUUCAUCCAGUCACUGACCAACAUACUGCAAAAAAUACUGACAAAAAUGUCUUACAACAAAAUGCCUUGCAAAGGUAUGAAGAUGUAUGCCGACAUGGUCCUGAACGUUUAGUAUCUGGGUCAGAUGAUUUUACAUUGUUCUUAUGGCUACCUGAGAAAGAAAAACGACCAUUAGCCAGGAUGACAGGCCAUCAGCAACUUAUCAAUGAUGUUAAAUUUUCACCAGACACCAGAAUAUUAGCAUCAGCAUCAUUUGACAAGUCUGUUAAACUAUGGGAAGCUGCUACUGGUAAAUUUAUUACAACUCUUAGAGGUCAUGUGCAAGCAGUCUACAUGGUGGCAUGGUCUGCUGAUUCCAGAUUGUUACUAAGCUCAAGUGCCGAUUCGACAUUAAAAGUGUGGAGUAUGAAGACUAAGAAACUAGAGUUAGACCUACCUGGCCAUGCAGACGAAGUAUAUGCAGUGGACUGGUCUCCAGAUGGAGCUUAUGUUGCAUCAGGAGGAAAAGACAAAGUAUUGAAACUGUAA